AUGUUGAGCCGCGCCUCCAGGCGAUUCGUCGCCCUGAACCUUCCCUCAAGAGAAGCAUCGCAAGCAUCGCAAGCUUCUCGCCGUUUCCUAUUCAACGAUGCCUGUCCACGAUCACAGCAAUCGGCCAUGAGCAGCGCACAAUCACGACGGAAGACACUCCCUGUGACCCACGCAUCUACGCAAAUACGAACCGCAUCGUUCUCUCAACGCGUCAGACGAACCUAUCGCUCCGCAGCCCGCGACAUCUGGCGCAAAAACCCAAUCGUCCUGCCCUUCGCCAUCAUAUCCAUAAUCGCCGCCGGCGCAUUAUCCACAUACGUACUCGGCGUAUUCUACACUCGAGCAGGCGAAGUCGAAGAAAAAGUCAACCGAUUCCCACCCGCAGUUGCCAAAGAACUACGCAAAGCGCUAUAUUUUACAGAGAUCAUCCUGGAACCUCAAAAAGCAUUGGAACAUUACAAAGCAGCUUUACAGAUUGCAUUGGAGAUGGAUAUGCACCCGUGCCGCCGAGAUGCUGGGCCGGAUCGCACAGCAAGCUUACGAAUGGGUCCUCAAGACAAGGGAUAG